UCUAUUGCUUGUACGUUCUCCAACGGGAAUUAAGUACGUUGCGUUGUUCAUAGUGGUGUUGCCGCCCCUGGAGACGGAUAGAUCACCUGAAAGGUGAGGGACGAGUAGAACUGGAUUACCCACCACAACAGGGGGGGGGGCGCGAUGAACCCUUGACCCUUUCUCUCUCACUUCUCCCCUUGCUUGGUUUGUCCAGCGGUCCUUGGAUGGUGUUUUCCUAACGCGCCUCCGAGGAGCAGUGAGGUACUCUCCGCACCCCUCAUCUGCCCGGACACACUCUCUCCCCUCCCUCCCUCCCGUUAACCCCCCCCCCCUCCCCACCGUACUCCCAAGAGGACGUCGGCAAAAAUGAGCUCCCACAGUCAUCCAGAUGGACUUCCCAGCAAAGAACAGCCACUGGAGCUGCUGAAACCAUCUGCACUCAACCACGUUCCCACCGUUGAUGUGAGUGCGGCACUGCCGUUGCCAGUUCCUCCGGCUGCGAUUCCUAUGGACCUGCGUGUGGACCACCAGUUUGCCCUGGCCCCAGCGGAGCCCGGGCAGACGGAGCAGCAGCUGCAGCAGGAGCUCCUGGCCCUCAAACAGAAGCAGCAGAUCCAGAGGCAGCUCCUCAUCGCCGAGUUUCAGAGGCAGCACGAGCAGCUCUCGCGCCAGCACGAAGCCCAGCUACAGGAACACGUCAAGCACCAGCAGGACCUGUUGGCGCUCAAACAUCAGCAGGAGCUGCUGGAGCACCAGAGGAAGAUGGAGCGACAGCGUCAUGAGCAGGAGCUGGAAAAACAGCAGCGUGAACAGAAACUGCAGCUCCUCAAAAACAAAGAGAGAGGCCAGGAGAGUGCGGUGGCCAGUACGGAGGUGAAGAUGAGACUGCAGGAGUUUGUUCUGAAUAAGAAGAAAGCCCUGGCCCAGAAGAGCCUGAACCACUGCAUCCCGGGAGAUCCGCGGUACUGGUACGGGAAAACCCAGCACAGCUCUCUAGACCAGAGCUCCCCUCCUCAGACAAGAAUGUCCACUUAUAACCACCCUGUGCUCGGAAUGUAUGACCCCAAAGACGACUUCCCACUCCGCAAGACAGCCUCUGAGCCCAACCUGAAGCUGCGCUCCAGACUGAAGCAGAAGGUGACGGAGCGCAGAAGCAGUCCUCUUCUCCGCAGGAAGGACGGCCCCAUCGCCACAGCUAAGAAACGCCCCCUGGACAUGGCAGAAUCUGCAUGCAACAGCGCUCCUGGUUCUGGUCCAAGUUCCCCUAACAACAGUUCCAAUAACAUCACCAACGAGAACGGGAUUGCAGGAUCAAUCUGCAGCAGCCCAGUGGAGCCGUCACUAGCACACAGGCUUGCCGGCCGUGAGGGUCCUGUUAGCCAGCUGUCUUUGUAUACAUCACCCUCUCUCCCUAACAUCACACUGGGCCUGCCAGCCACCGGAUCCUCCAACGUGGCAUCUGGCCAACAGGAUGGUGACCGGUUGGCAAUGCCAGGCCUGACGCCAGGAAUACCAAUAACCACUCCCUUUAUCCCAGGGCCCCACCUGCCUUCAUACCUGGCUGCCUCCUCCUUAGAGCGGGAAGGGGCUUCGACACACAACCCCCUCCUCCAACACAUGGUGCUACUGGAGCAAUCAGUCACUCAGAACCCUCUGGUCACGGGUCUGGGGGCUCUGCCUCUCCAGUCUCCCUCCAUUCAUAAGCUGCGUCAGCACCGGCCCCUGGGGCGAACCCAGUCUGCCCCCCUGCCCCAGAACGCACAAGCCCUGCAGCAGCUGGUGGUCCAGCAACAGCAUCAGCAGUUUCUGGAGAAACACAAACAGCAGUUUCAACAGCAGCAGCUGCACAUAAGCAAAAUAAUGGCCAAACCCACAGAGCCCAGCAGACACCACGAGAGCCAUCCAGAGGAGACGGAGGAGGAGCUGAGGGAGCACCAGGCCCUGUCCGACCAGGAGGGACUCCCCCGCGGGGUCACCAUCAAACAGGAGCCCCCGGAUGAACCCGAGGAGGAGAUACAGCAGAGAGAGAGACAGGCCGAGCAGGAGCUGCUCUUCAGACAGCAAGCUUUGUUACUGGAGCAGCAGAGGAUCCAUCAGCUGAGAAACUACCAGGCGUCGCUGGAGGCAGCCGGCCUUCCCGUCACGUUCCCCGGACACCGACCACUCUCCAGGGCGCAGUCCUCCCCAGCCUCUGCCACCUUCCCCAUCGUGGUACAGGAACCUCCCACCAAACCCCGAUUCACUACGGGUUUGGUGUAUGAUACUCUGAUGCAGAAACACCAGUGCAUGUGUGGAAACACUAACACUCACCCAGAGCACGCAGGUCGCAUCCAGAGCAUCUGGUCCAGGCUACAGGAGACAGGAUUACGCGGCAAGUGUGAGUGUAUCCGGGGUAGGAAGGCGACGCUGGAGGAGCUGCAGACGGUCCACUCAGAGGCCCAUGUGCUUCUCUACGGCACCAACCCACUCAGACAGAAACUAGACAGCUCAGUGACACCCAUGUUUGUGAGAUUGCCAUGUGGUGGAGUUGGGGUGGACAGUGACACGGUGUGGAACGAGGUCCAUUCCUCCAGCGCUGCGCGACUGGCUGUAGGCUCUGUGGUGGAACUGGUCUUUAAAGUGGCAACUGGAGAACUGAAGAAUGGAUUUGCAGUGGUGCGACCGCCUGGACACCACGCUGAGGAGAGCACACCUAUGGGGUUCUGCUAUUUCAACUCUGUGGCCAUUGCUGCUAAACUCCUCCAGCAGAGGCUGAGUGUCAGUAAGAUUCUGAUAGUGGACUGGGACGUUCACCAUGGAAACGGAACCCAGCAGGCCUUCUACAGCGACCCCAACAUUCUGUACAUGUCGCUCCAUCGCUAUGACGAUGGAAACUUCUUCCCUGGAAGUGGAGCCCCUGACGAGGUGGGCACUGGAGCGGGCGUGGGAUUCAACGUGAACAUGGCCUUCACUGGGGGUCUGGAGCCACCCAUGGGAGACGCCGAAUAUCUGGCUGCUUUCAGGACGGUGAUCAUGCCCAUCGCCAACGAGUUCGCUCCGGAUGUGGUGCUGGUCUCUUCGGGCUUUGACGCAGUAGAGGGACACCCUCCGCCCUUGGGGGGAUACAAAAUAACGGCCAAGUGUUUUGGCUACCUGACCAAACAGCUGAUGGGACUGGCCGGUGGCCGCCUGGUGCUGGCUCUGGAGGGAGGUCACGACCUCACGGCCAUUUGCGAUGCCUCAGAAGCAUGUGUUUCUGCUCUGCUCGGAAACGAGUUGGAUCCGCUCCCUGAAGACGUGCUCCAGCAGAGGCCCAACUCCAACGCCGUGUGCUCCAUGGAGAAGGUUCUGGAAGCUCACAGUAAAUACUGGCGUUCGCUGAGACGGUGUUCCUCUACACUGGGUUACUCUCUGAUAGAAGCCCAGAGAUGUGAGUCUGAGGAGGCAGAAACCGUCAGCGCCAUGGCCUCGCUGUCUGUGGCUACCAAACACAUGGGAAAGAGCAGGUCGGAGGAGGAGCCCAUGGAGGACGAGCCUCCGUUGUAGAGGGUCAGUGUGUUUUUGGCAGCGGUGACCUGGUCAGUUCAGAGUGUGUCUGUAGGCUCUGACCCUGCUCUAUCCUCAACAUCCGUUUCAUCUUUUGCCCGUCCGGCCCUGGGCGUCGGCACCACGGGCUCGGGGCGCUUUUUUGGGUGCCGGAACCGAAACGGACUAAAGACGUCUUGCAAAACACACGGGUGUGUUAAAAGUCCAAAAGAGGCCUGUGCCCUUUCUUUUUUUUUUAGCCAGUCUGUGUGGGCGGGGUCGAACUCCCAGGCCUCUGCACCUGCUCUGACCAAUCAGACGCCUGAUUGUGAGCGGGCCUCAGAUAGGUCCUGCUGUUAUUUGAGAGAGCUGGUGCUUUCUAGACUUUAUUGUCAUGGCCACUAAUGUUCACACGACUGGUUUGGCUGUGGGACGCAUUCAUGGUUGUAUCCUUUUUAUGUUUUAUUUUACUUUGUCGUCUGUUUUAUUUGUCUGUUCGUUUGUUCGUUCGUUUGUUCGUCCGUUUCAUCCGUGUCUCUCCUGGAGUCAAGGCUCGCGAGAAAUCUGACAAGUUUAGUUUUGCUUUGUGAAAAACUGAAAGUUACUGUGCGAUGUGAAUAGCUGAGCAGGUGUGCGGGGAGGCGGGGGAACACGGAGGUGUCGGACGCUUCAGCCUCCGCCCCCGUCACACACACACACACACAAACCACACACACAAACACGAGCAACCCUGAGAGUUUGUGCCUUUUCUUUUUUUAAAACAAAAACAAAAAACCCGGCGGAUGAUUUUUGGGAUGACUUCAGAGGAAGAUUGCCUUAAACCAGUUACAUAAAGGGGGGGAAAGAAAAAAACCCUGGUCUUGUCUCUCUCUUUACCGAGAGGCAUGCUGAGAAAAGGAGCCGUCGGCUGACCAGGGGACACAAACCCCUUUGCAUGUUUACCAGGAAUGCCCUGCAGACAUCUUCGCGUUUCACAGAAUAUAUGAUCGUUUAUAUUUUUUUACUGUGCUUUUUUCUUCGACGCUGUCUAACGGCUUGUAAGGUAGUUGCCAGCUGUAUGUGGACAAACAUUGUUGGAGCAGUUUUCAGUUCGGUUCCUCACAAGCCUUGUCCGACGUAGCUUUCUCUCACAGCCACUCUUUGACCAAAAACAUAUCACUUUCUCUGAGGACUUAACCAGCAUGCACUGCUAGUGAGUGAAUUUUCGUCGGCCGAAUUUGAAUGAUUAUCAUCUGUAGGAAGAAAACAAAGCAAAACAACAACAGCAAGAAAAAGAAAAAAAAGAGAGAGAGAGAGAGAGA